GCCCCGCCCCAUCCCUGUCCUCAUGACCCCUCGUCCACCCCCCACACACACUACAAGGCCGAGGUCUUGUAGUGCAGCAGCCCCCUCUGCUCACCCUUCCCGGCCUUGGUCCACAGUCAGGAUGUCGGCAGACGUGGACGGGCAGUCCACAGCUGCAGGUGCCAGAGCCCAUCCCAGUCUCACCUGCCACCACCACUCCCGCCUCAGGGCCGGGCCCAGGCUUCAGCACCUGACACUUCGUGAGACAGCGACACCAGAAAGCCCUCGUGGGGGCGCUGCUCCCCAUCCCGGGCUCUGGCCAGCCGGGAGCUUGGCUCUCCUCUGGCUACAGUGGAUAGAGGGGGCUGGCCACGGAACCUCGGCAUUUCCUUCCAACCCAUCCAAACACGGAGGCAGCCUUGGGAGCCCCGAGCUGUGGGCUGGGCAGCCCACUGCACCACCUUGCUGUUUUGGGGUCCUGGGCUGGGGCCGCCAUCCCCGGCGGCAGGCCUCCCAUAACCACAUGUAUUUAUUCCUCCGUCCUACACCGUGCCCUCCUGCCCUCACCCGCAGCACAGGGGAUUCUGAGCAGUGCCUCUUGUCUGAGGGACAUAUCGGUGACCUCAACAUUGCCUUUAGACUACAGUUGUGUUAGCCUCUUGCGUAUCGGCUUUUCCAGAGUCAUUUAUGAGCAGAAAAAAAAAAUGAAGUAAAACUUUGCUAAUAUUAAAAAA